CGGUCGUCCUUGCGGAUCCUAAUAUGAAAGGCUGGCUGGCAAAGUGGACGAAUUAUUUGAAGGGAUAUCAAAAACGAUGGUUCGUAAUCCACGACGGAAUGCUCUCCUACUACAGAAACAAACAAGAAAUGUCGCACACCUGUCGGGGUACGAUAUCGCUGGUAUCCGCAGCUAUACACACGGAAGACUCGUGCAAUUUCAUCAUAUCCAACGGUGGUACACAGAUGUUCCACCUUCGAGCCAGAUCGGAGGUCGAACGGCAGCGCUGGGUCACGUCCCUGGCCCUUGCUAAGGACCACUCGAUCAGAAAGCAGGAGAACGAGGAAGACGUCGCCUUCGAAGUUUCUGUCCAGGACGCACAAACCGAACAAGAGAAACUUCUGAAAACUCUUGCAACGAAGCUGGACGAUGUGAAGACUUGCAACGAUUUGGUCGAGAAGCACAGUCAGGCUCUUAAACGGUGCCUGAACGAACUCGAGCAGUGCGAAUCGGUGGAGGGUGAAUGUCGGAACAUCAUGAAACAGGUUAAUGAACGAGCUACACUAUUCAGGAUCACGAGCACCAACAUCAUGAAGACGAGCGGGGAAUAUCUGGAGCUGGCAAACUCCCUGUACAACCAGUGGGCACGAAUGCUCGACCACGAGCACUCGCAACGGCUGAAGCUCGAGGAACAGCUGGAGCAAUUGGCCAGACAGCACUCUCACUUGGAAAAAUGCGCGAAGGAAGCAACUUCCGGAGGAACGUGGGCCAGUUAUCAAGCGGUAUCCGAAGGCGACGAUGAUGAGUUUUUCGACGCGCCGGAGGAAACGGCUGUGGAUUUCGUAUUAUCGAUGCCGCAGAAAAAACGCACUGAGAGCACCGCCAGUGAAGGAAACGAUUUCUCUGGAGACAGCAGCGGAGAUGAAGACGAGGAUCCGCAGUACAAAGAAGCCAACGUUGUGCGUCGGAAGAAGAAGAAUUCCGUCGACACAAAGCCGCCCUCAACAAAAGACCCGUGCAGCGAUGUUGAGGAGGUUCUUUCCCCUGGGGCCGCUCGCAAGAGGAGGACUUGUAUUCCGGAAAAACCGAGCCAUUCGAUCUCUUUGUGGUCGAUCAUGAAGAACUGCAUUGGUAAGGAGUUGACGAAAAUUCCGAUGCCGGUCAACUUCAACGAGCCGCUGUCCACGUUGCAGCGUCUCGCUGAAGACUUCGAAUAUGCGUCGCUCCUCGAUAAGGCUGCAAAGUGUGAGAGUCCUCAGCAACAGCUCGUCUACAUUGCUUGCUUCAUGGUGUCUUCGUAUUCGACAACCUCGAACCGAACAGGGAAACCAUUCAACCCCCUCCUAGGUGAAACAUACGAGUGUGACAGAACAGAUGAUCUUGGCUGGAGGCUCAUAUCUGAGCAGGUUUCUCACCAUCCUCCGAUGCUUGCCCAGCACUGCGAGGGCAGGAAGUGGCGGGUCUGGCAAGAGUUCACAAUGACUUCGAAAUUCAGAGGGAAAUAUCUACAGAUUAUACCUCUCGGCGUGGUUCAUCUCGAAUUCCCUGAGCUCGGCUAUCACUUCACGUGGAAGAAAGCUACUACGACGGUGCACAAUAUAAUAGUCGGCAAACUGUGGGUCGAUCAUCACGGCGACGUGGAAAUCGUUAAUCAUACCACCGGAGACGUCUGUCACGUCAAGUUUCAAGCCUACUCCUACUUCUCUAGGGACUCGGAGCGCAAGGUCACUGGCGUCGUUACCGAUGCGCAGGGUCAGGCUCACUGGGUUCUCCAGGGCAAGUGGGACUCGAAGAUCGAAGCGCUCAAGGUUGUCAACACUCAGAGCACUAAGGGAUCGAAACCCGUGUUCGAAACGGCUACCCCGAAGACCAUAUGGAAGCGAGUUGCCCCCGCACCGGAGUAUGAGAAAAUGUAUAACUUCACCGUACUAGCGUGCCAGUUGAACGAGCCAGAGGAAGGUAUUGCCCCGACGGAUUCAAGAUUGCGACCGGAUCAACGGCUCAUGGAAGAGGGUAACCUGGACGAAGCCAACAAUAUCAAGGUCCAGCUCGAGGAGAAACAGCGUCUGGUACGCCGACAGAGGGAGGCGGAAACCGAAGCCGCUGCGCGGAUGGGAAGACCGUACACGCCGUACGAGCCGAUCUGGUUCAAGAAAGACAAAGACCCGAUAACCGGCAAUCCGAUCUAUAUGUACAAGGGCGAGUACUGGAAUUCCAAAGAGAAACAGGAAUGGUCGCGAUGUCCCCCGAUCUAUUUGGAUUGAAAUGAGAGUCGCGCACAAGUAGACCGCUAAUCCCCUCAUCCGGAGCUUUCCACGUCCGCAAGAGUCCGACCACCAUCGGAGUCGAGUCGGGAAAGCGUAGGACACCCGAACAAAUGGCUCGAUCGGACGGGAUCGUCACCAGAGAAUCCGAUGCUAUGGUCCCGCAUCGCAGAGCCAAGAUCAACUCUUAAAAAACGAUUU